AUGUUGCGAAGAUUCUCUACCAACUUCAAGAAGAACAAGGGUGACCGCGACCAGGAGCCCAAGGAGAAUGGCGCAGUGAAGCAGAAUGGCGCGGCCAAGCAGAAUGGCACACCCAAGCAGAGCAAACGUCAGUCGAAGGUGUCGCCAACACAGCGCAAGCCUGUCGCAGAGGAAGAUAACAGCGCGAAGAGAACCGAAGUCGCCUCUAUCUUCGAGAGAUAUGCGCAAUUACUUCACGCUUCGCGACGCCCUCUUCCCAACCAGAACGGAGAUGGCACCUACACGGACCAUGACUCCUCGUCUGGCCUGUUCCAGGACUUGAAGACUUUUGGCUUCAAGGAUGCUAGCACCCUGAAGGAUCUCGUCAAGAGCAAGGCAAGCGGCGAACUGGUUGACGACAAGACUAUGCUCAUGGAGCGCAUCAUUCAGCUCGUUAGCGGUCUUCCUUCAUUUUCCAAGAACCGUGUUGAACUCACCAAUGCUUUCCUCGAUGAACUUUGGGGCUCCCUUCCCCACCCUCCACUCUCGUACAUGGGCAACGAAUUUGCCUACCGGUCCGCGGAUGGUUCCAACAACAACCCUACCCUCCCGUGGUUGGGAGCAGCCAACACACCAUACUGUCGCUCGAUUGCUCCCUUGACCAUCCAGCCCGGUGGCUUGCCAGACCCUGGUUUGGUUUUCGACAGCAUCUACGCCCGUGAGGAGUUUACUCCCCACCCGAACAAGGUGUCUAGUGUUUUCUUCGAUUGGGCGUCCCUGAUCAUCCACGACAUUUUCCAGACCGACCACAAGAACCCGCACAUGAGCAAGACUUCUAGCUACCUUGAUCUGUCCAUUUUGUAUGGUGAUGUCAGGGAACAGCAGGACAUGAUUCGAACACACAAGGAUGGAAAGUUGAAGCCUGAUACUUUCUCCGAGGCUCGACUCCAGGCUCUGCCCCCAGCUUGCGGUGUGAUGCUGGUUAUGUUGAACAGAUUCCACAACUAUGUCGUUGAGGAGCUCGCGACCAUCAACGAGGGUGGCCGUUUCAACAAGCCAACUCCCCGCCCGGGCUUGACCGAAGAAGACAUUGAGAAGCUGUGGGCCAAGUAUGACGAGGAUCUUUUCCAAACUGGCCGACUUAUCACUUGCGGUCUUUACAUCAACAUCACCUUGUACGAUUACCUGCGUACGAUCGUCAACUUGAACCGUACCAACUCUACUUGGUGCUUGGACCCUCGUGCCCAAAUGGAGAAGCAAGGCGCCACCCCAUCUGGACUGGGUAACCAAUGCUCUGUCGAAUUCAACCUUGCCUACCGCUGGCACUCGGCGAUUAGCGCCAAUGAUGAGAAGUGGACCGAGGACAUCUUCCAUCAGCUUCUGGGCAAGCCUGCCAGUGAGCUCUCGAUGCAGGAUCUCCUGAUGGGCCUGGCUGGUUAUGAAAAGAACCUGAGCCCGGACCCUGCCAAGCGCACCUUUGCCCAGCUGGAGCGUCAGGAGGAUGGAACCUUUAAGGAUGACGACCUCGUCAAUCUCCUGUGCAAUGCUGUUGAGGAUGUUGCCAGUUCCUUCGGUGCUCGCAAUGUGCCCAAGGCUCUUCGAUGUGUCGAGAUUUUGGGUAUCUCUGAAGCUCGUAGAUGGAAUGUUGGCUCCCUUAACGAGUUCCGUAAGUUCUUCGGCUUGAAGCCUCACGAGACCUUUUUGGAAAUCAACUCCGACCCCGACGUCGCGGAGGCCCUUAGCAACCUGUAUGAGCACCCCGACUUCGUGGAGCUCUACCCCGGUAUCGUUGCCGAAGAUUCCAAGGAGCCCAUGGUUCCUGGUGUCGGAAUUGCCCCUACCUACACCGUUUCUCGUGCAGUCUUGUCCGAUGCUGUCGCUCUGGUCCGUGGUGACCGACACUACACUGUUGAUUACACCCCCAAGAAUCUCACCAACUGGGGUUACUCCGAGGUCCGUUAUGACCUCAACGUCAACCAGGGAUGUGUCUUCUACAAGCUUGCCCAGCGCGCAUUCCCCAACCACUUUAAGGCCGACUCGAUCUACGCUCACUACCCCAUGACAAUCCCCAGUGAGAACCAGAAGAUUAUGAAGGAUCUGGGCAGAGAGUCGGACUACUCCUAUGACCGUCCUACCUACACACCCCCCAAGGUGAACCUGGCUUCUCACCAGAACGCCAAGUUGGUCGCGGAGCACCAGAAGAGCUUCCGUCCAGUUGAUGUAGAAGCAUCUCUGUUCGGCAAAAUUGGAAAUGCUCAGACCGAAGAUUCGGCCAAGUCUGUGGACCAGGAACAGUGGAACAAGACUGUCAAGGAGUACUUCGAAGACAUUACCUUGCAACUUCUCCAGGAGAAGAGUGGCAAGCUUGCGGGUAUCAAGCAGGUUGAUAUUACUAGGGAUGUUGGAAACUUGGCACACGCUCACUUCGCGUCCAAGGUCUUCAACCUUCCCCUGAAGACCAAGGAGAACCCUCGUGGUGUUUUCACAGAACAUGAGAUGUUCAUGAUCAUGGCCACCAUCUAUAUCCACAUCUUCUUUGACAACGAACCCUCCCGGUCCUUCCCCGUGCGCCACGCGACCAAUGCCGUCGCCCAGCAGUUGGCCCAGAUCAUCGAGACUAAUGUCAAGUCUGGUAACUCCUCCGGUCUGCUCUCCGGAAUUUUCGGUGGUGGAAAGGACAACCGGAACGCACUGCAGGAGUAUGGUGUACACCUGAUCCGCAACCUCCAGGAAAGCGGCCUCAGUGCAUCCGAGAUUGCCUGGUCCCAGGUCAUGCCCACUGCCGGGGCGUUGGUUCCCAGCCAAGCCCAGUUCACUGAAAUCAUCGACUUCUACCUCUCUGAAUCUGGCAAGCAGCAUCUCUCUGAGAUCAAGCGUCUUGCCAAGGAGGAGAGCAAGGAGUCGGAUGAGAAGUUGAUCCGCUACUGCUUGGAGGCCAUCCGUAUCAACAGUGCUUUCGGAUCGUACCGCCAGGCCGAGACUGAGCAGACUCUGGUCGAGGACGGUCGUGAAAUCCACAUCAAGCCUGGCGACAGAGUCUUUGUCAGCUUUGCCAAGGCCAACCACGAUCCAGAGAUAUUCCCUAACCCCGACGAGGUGAAGCUCGACCGACCCCUGGACUCGUACAUCUACUUCAACCAGGGGGCCGAGGCCUGCCUGGGCAAGGAAGGUAGCUUGAUUGCUCUGGCCUCCAUGCUUCGUGUCGUUGCUCGUUUGGAGAACCUUCGCCGCGCCCCCGGUCCUCAAGGACAGUUGAAGAAGAUCCCCCGUGUUGAUGGCCACACCGUUUACUUGCGCGAGGACUACAGCAGCUUCUUCCCCUUCCCAACCACCUUGAAGAUUCACUACGAUGGUGAGCUCCCGGCACCCAAGCGCCGCACAACCUCUUCGUAA